GAAGCAUCCUGUGCGGAGCCGCGUCACUGCAAAGUCACAUCCCGAGCGGUCGCGCGUAUCCCUCCUCCACCUCCGCUACCGCCGCUGCAGCUCCGAUAUAGACCCGUUGCUGCUGGGAAAGAGCAGCCUAAUCCUGGUACCGGAUACACCGACAGAGGGCUUGGCUCCUCCCCCUCUGCCGCCACCCCCUGCUUCCGGACCCGCACUGCUUCCCCUGUGUGUGCCGGGGGGGCCUGCGGCCUGAGCGCUAGGAUCGGGGAUAUCCCGGUUCCUGUGGACUAUUUUUCCUCCGGCCGGAGAAGAUGGAGGCUGAGCGCUGAGAGCGGCGGCUGCGGACUGGGUGGGGGGAGAGCGGCAGGAAGCCAGCGACGAGUACGACAGGAGAUUAGAGAGCACUGGGCCGACACAGCCGGGGCAUGGAGUGAAGAAGGCCGGGGAGGCCGGAGCUGCAGACCGGGGUGCCUUGCUUCCCUACGGCCCCUAUUUCCCGGGCACAGCAUCGGGUGACGGGGUGAGAUGCUGCCCCGCUGGGGGUUCUGCCUGCCCCGGCCACUGUAGAGGUCGCCCUAAAAGGGAUAGUCACCGUUCUUGGCCAGGGAUGGAUGAUCAGAAACCAUCCAGCGAGGACAAAGAAUCUGAAGCAUCAGCUGAUGAAACUGCCUCUGAUGUGGCCUGUGAAGCAGAAGCGGAUGAGCCCGGUAAUCCUUCACCAACUUCAUGCUCCGUAGGGGAUGGUGCAACUCCAGACCUACCAUGUAGCAGUGGUUCCCAUCCGAGGCAUUGUGCUCUCUGUAACUGCGGUGGAUGGAGUCCACAGGGUCAGCGCGAACUCCUGCGAUUUGAUCCUUCGCCUGGACAUCCACAACUGGAUCCUGCUCUCUGCCAGAUGCAGGAGAUUGGCACUCAGUACUUAGAUCCUACUAUAGUUGGGUUUGCAGAGUCUGUGUCACCAGAUGAGCUCUUUGAACCCUCAGGGCACUGUUGGGUUCAUUACUGGUGUGCAUCAUGGUCACAUGGAGUCCAGAAUGUGGAAGGAACUGGACUGGUAAAUGUGGAUAUAGCUGUAUUCUCAGGGAUAUCACAGAAAUGUGAAUACUGUAAUCGCAUGGGUGCUACCAUUCAGUGCCACUCGUCAGGGUGUUUGCACCGAUAUCAUUUUCCAUGCGCUGCUGCGAGUGGAUCCUUCCAAUCAAUGAAGACCUUAAAGUUGCUGUGCACAGAACAUGUGGCUGAGGCGGUGACGAUGGAUGACUCCCGCUGCGUGCUAUGUGACAAGCCUGGUGACCUCACAGACCUCCUGUUCUGUACCAGUUGUGGACUGCACUAUCAUGGCUCCUGUCUGGAGAUCAGCGUCUCUCCGCUAAAACGCUCUGGCUGGCAGUGUCCAGAGUGUAAAGUGUGCCAAACAUGCAGAAAACCUGGGGAGGAUUCGAUGAUGCUAGUGUGUGAUGCCUGUGACAAAGGAUAUCACACCUUCUGUCUGAAGCCAGCCAUUGAGGAUCUGCCUACAAGCUCAUGGAAGUGCAAGCACUGCCGCAUUUGUCGGAUUUGUGGCUCUCGCACAGCACAAUUGGAGCCAGGGAGCCCAUGGUAUGAGAACUACUCCGUGUGCAAGAAAUGCCAAGAGCAAAAGAGUCGAACAGAGAUGUGUGUUCAGUGUGAUCAGCCUGACUCUUUGGAGAACAUGCAUCAAUGCCCCGUGUGCUCAAAGUACCAACACUCACAUUGUGCACAAGUUUCUGACCCCCUAUUACCAAGUACAGGCUGUCCGUCAUGUAGCAAGUUGCAGUCUGUUGAAAACAAGAUAGAUACACGGGACAAGAGCAAUUCAAUCCUGAACACAGCCCUGUCAGAAUGUGAAGCCAAACCACUAGACCUGUUAACAGCAGAUGAAGAUGAGCCUUGUGCUUCAGACAAUGAAGCUGCCGAGGCUCCUGAGAUGCUUCCAGAUACCCCCUUAUUGCCAAUUGAGAUCGGAAUUCCACCUCCACUGAAGGCAGAACCAUCCCCUCCGGAGAGGAUAAUUGACUCUUGCCCAUCACUUGAGGAGGCUCCAGUGCUGGUUACAGUGGAAGAUGAAGAUAUGGAAGUUGAGGAAGAAGGCACUGAGGGCACUGAAGAGGAAAAACCUAAUGCAUCUGCACUCCCCCAAUGUCCACUGCAUCAGAUUUCACCAUUAAAACCAUCAAUUCCUAAUAGGACUCAGGCAAAUAACUCUAUAAUUGAGGACACGCAGCCUAUGGACUCAUUGAGCAUAGAUGAUGGGACUUGCCAGAGUCCUAGAAGGACAAAAGAGAGUCCCUCAAAUAGCUUUUGUCGACAUUCAUCUCUUUUAGACUCUGAAAUGAAUAUGGACUCUGAAGAGAUUCCCUGUAAGUCUACAAUAGAAAUGUUAAAUACAGAAAACACAAUAGGUCAAGAUGUUGUUGGAGAUUACUCUGACAAAGUUCGAAUUCCUAUUCGAUGCACUAUCAUCAAGUCGGACAUUGUAAAUGAGAUCUCCAAUCUGAGCCAGGGAGAUACCACCAGUAGCUUUCAUGGCUCUGAUGGUUUAGGUUCACCUGACCCAGAGGGCGGGUCCCUCUCCAUGGAGAUGUGCUUGCACAAGGAGGAUGGGUCCCUGCGACUGUGUACAGACUCCAUGCCAGAGACUGAUGACUCCCUUUUAUAUGAUCCUUCUGUUGGAAAAUUGGAUGGCGAGAAGUCACGGCGUAAAAAUUCUCCAGGCCGAUCAAGAGUCAAACAUGGCCGAAGUAGCAGCUUUCCUGGAAGGAGACGACCCCGUGGAGGGAGUGGUGCCGGUAACAGCAGAGGUAGAGGAAGAUCGAGAUUAAAAUCUACAACCUCUUCCAUUGAGACUUUACCUAUGGCAGAUGUAGAGAGUUCUCCUGGUAAAGAGGACGACGACGAAGAGGAUGACACGAUGCAAAACACAGUGGUGCUCUUUUCCAAUACAGACAAGUUUGUGCUCAUGCAGGAUAUGUGCGUGGUUUGCGGCAGCUUUGGACGUGGCUCAGAGGGUCAUCUUUUGGCAUGUUCCCAGUGUUCGCAGUGCUAUCACCCCUACUGUGUAAACAGCAAGAUUACAAAGGUGAUGCUACUAAAAGGCUGGCGAUGUGUAGAGUGCAUAGUGUGCGAAGUGUGCGGCAAGGCCACAGACCCCUCUCGCCUGUUGCUCUGUGAUGACUGUGACAUCAGUUACCACACUUACUGUCUAGAUCCUCCUCUGCACACUGUGCCCAAGGGUGGCUGGAAAUGCAAAUGGUGUGUUAGCUGCAUGCAGUGUGGCUCUCUCAGCCCUGGCUUCCAUGCAGAGUGGCAGAAUAACUAUACACAUUGUGCACCUUGUGGUAGUUUGGUUAGCUGCCCGGUGUGCCACCUCAACUAUUUGGAAGGUGAUCUUCUAAUACAGUGUCAAAACUGUGAGAGGUGGCUCCAUGCAGUGUGCGAGAACCUAUUCACAGAAGAGGAGGUAGAGCAGGCUGCAGAUGAAGGCUUUGACUGUGCAUCCUGUCAGCCUUACAUCAUAAAACCAGUCGUUCCAGUAAUCCUUCCUCCGAGUCCAGUUAAGAUUAAGGAGCCAGAGCCUCAAUACUUCCGAUUUGAAGGCGUUUGGUUGACUGAGGCUGGUAUGGCCGUACUGCGUAGCCUUACAUUAUCCCCCAUCCAGAAGAAAAAACCUAGGCGGUCCCGGUUAAGUACAAGCGGGGAGAUUUUCCUGGAUGGUCCAGAACAUGGCGCAUCUGAAGAAAGGAAGGACGGGGAUGUAGAGUGCGAGGAGCAGAAAGCAGAAGGUGGUAAUCAUGAACCUAUGCUAUGUGACAUCAAGACAGAGCCUCCUGGCAGUCCUGAGCGUGAUGCUAUAGGGGAAAUGGAGAUUGGGAAAGGAAUGGAAGAUUCAGAAGAUGCAAAGAAAAAGAAACGGAAACCCUAUAGGCCAGGCAUUGGUGGCUUCAUGAUUAGACAGAGAAAAACACAUACACGGUCAAAGAAGGGUCACGCUGCUUUUUUGGAGGCCUUCCGUGAGAGCCAGAGCCAAGAUUUUCACCUAGAGGAUGCACCACCAGAGACCCCUACAAUAGGUGGUGCGGAGCCAGGAACGGCGGAGGGUGAUGAGAAAAAGAAACGAAGAGGCAGGAAAAAGAGUAAACUGGAGGAUAUGUUCCCAGCAUACCUGCAGGAAGCAUUUUUUGGCAAGGAGCUGAUGGAGCUCAGCAAGAAAGCUCUUCUCGCUGCUCGUCCAGUACCGCAGAAGGUAAAAAGUGCGCAGAGCUUACCUUGCCCGGUGACUGCUGGAACCGCUCAGACAUCACAGCAGACCCAGCAAAGCUCAGCGGAGACUAUUGCCGCCUCUAGCUCAGAGUUGCCUCAUGAAGACUCUGACAGCAAUGAAACAAAAACGGAAAAUCCAGUGGAUACGUCCGAGACAGAUGUCCUCAAUGUCGCUGCUGCUGGAGACAGAAUGGCGCUGCCAGAGGGAGCCCUCGGCUCAGAUCUGGAUAAAAUCUCCACGGAGGAGAUGCCCAAGAUGGAGAGUACAGAUAUCCAAGAGCUGCUGAAGGAUGUGCUUGGUACCAAUGAACAACCUGUUGGUAGCUCCACUGGCAGAAUUGAGGGCCCCACAGCAACGGGGUCAGUGACCCAGAGUCAGAGACCCUUUGUACAAGGUGUUUCCCUUGCUUCUAACCUUCAGCUGGAGCCCUAUUCACAGCCUGGAUUCUUAGACACCAGGGACCGGAUUGGUUUGUUCAGUCCUGAUCAAUGUGAUACUGAUGGCUCUUGGACUACAGCGUCUACACCUACUACACCAACUACAGAGGGAGAAACCGAUGGCCUUUCUUACAACCAACGCAGCUUACAACGCUGGGAAAAAGAUGAAGAGUUAGGGGAGCUCUCUACAAUUUCACCUGUCCUCUACGCAAAUAAAAAUUUCCCUAACUUAAGGAAGGACUACCCAGAUUGGUCCAGUCGGUGCAAGCAGAUCAUGAAGCUAUGGAGGAAAGUACCUGCCCCAGACAAAGCUCCUUAUUUGCAAAAGGCCAAAGACAAUCGUGCAGCACAUCGCAUAAACAAGGUACAGAAGCAGGCAGAGAAUCAGAUCAACAAGCAAUCCAAAGUCGAAGGAGUACGAAAAGCAGAGCGUCCAGUUCUUCAGCUUCAAAUUCCCAUGCAACCAGGGUCUCAGUCUGGAGUAAACCCUGAUUAUCGGGCUGGAAAUUCAGCCGGACAAGAUCUGUACAUGUCGGGUGGCUCUGCAAUGUCUACCUCCUCAGACUUGUUUCUGAAACCCUCUUCAGCAGGCACUCCAGGGGCAGAGUCUUCUAGUGAUCUCUUUUUCAAAUUGCCUCCUCAGUCUCCAUCUCAGGAGCACUUUCCAAGUUCACCUGCAUAUUCUUUGGACCCUCGGUAUCAGUCUUCCUUAUCACAGUCACCUGCUUCUAGCGGGGGAUUUCAAACUCCACUUUCUGGGGCAGAACAUCAACAUGUACUGAAUACACUGAACACAGCUCAAAACAUGGAUUAUCAACCUUGCCAUACAGCCACUCCUCAUCAGCCAGAACCUUUUGUGAAACCACGUUAUUCUACAGGAUCCCUUGAUAAUCUGUCUUUGGUUGGAAGUCCAAGCUCAAGGCCUUCUCCGUUAUCUGAGAACUCUAACAAACCUGAGCCUAUGCUGUCUCCCACGCGUUACGGUGAUCCAAAGAGACAGAUUGACGGAGUUCUUCUUCAAAUAAAAAAGGAAGAUGUUGGACUUGGGUCUCCUUGUUUUUCACAUAGUAUUGGGUCUGAUGGAACAACUGAGAUUAAGUGUGAUGUCUUCAAAGCACCACUAACCCCACGCAUGUCUCAGUUAGAGCCUCACAGCCCAGCUCCAUCGCAUAGAGAUGCUCACAUGCAAGUGACAUCACCUCAGCAUCAUUCAGAUAUGUACAGGCAAACCUCUUCAACUCCAUACACAGACCCUUUCUCACAGCCGCCAUUAACUCCUCGACCUCAGCCAGUAGAGGGGACCAUGGCAUCUCGAGCUCUAUCCUCUGAUCCUUUCACUCGUGUUCCCACAAGCCCACAGUCACAAGGAAGUUCCCAAUCUCCUCUAACACCUAGACCAUUGUCAAAUGAGGCAUUUUGCCCAUCCCCAGUCACUCCACGAUUUCAGUCUCCAGACCCUUAUUCCCGUCCACCUUCUCGGCCACAGUCACGAGAUCCAUUUGCCCCUCACAAACCUCCCCGUCCUCAGAUGAUUGAGACUGGUUUUAAACCUACUGCACAGAUUCCUCACAGCACUCAUGCUAUUACAAGCUACCAGCCAUCUUUAGAUGUCCACCCAAAAGUACAGGUGAGCCAACAGCAGACAUCAUUGUUUGCUCGGUCUCCUGGGGCAAGUGUGUAUCAAAGCUCUCAGAACCAGUUAUGUUUCACUUUUCCUCAUUCACCUGGGGAUGGUGUCAAAAGUUCUCCCUCUCACCAGCCCCAUGCAACUCCAUCCCAUUCAAUGAACAGCCAUUUUACCCCAAGCAAACCACAGAGUUACUCCUCUCCCAGCAGCAAUACAACUUCCUCCUACCAUCCUGUAGGUAGCCCUCACUCUUCUGGAAACAGUAGCACUUCUGAAGUUUAUGUUCAGUCUCCACUCAGACCUGCUUCAGUUUUACCGCAGGAAGCACCCUAUCAGUCCCCAAUUUCUAGCCAGCGUACAGGCCUCAACUCUCCAGCAGAAAAACAAAGGGAAGAUAUUGCUGCUAUUCCAAAUGCCCUUGGCAGCACUAGUAGAGAUGUACCAGAACUGCAAGGAAUGCCUGAAGCUGCUCUAAGCAACCUAAGCCAAUCUGAACAGGAGAAACAAAGACAGCGUCAAAGGCUGCGAGAGCUCCUGAUCAGACAGCAGAUUCAGAGAAAUACCUUAAGGCAGGAAAAGGAGGCUGCUGCAGCUGCCUUGAACACUUCACAAGCAGGAUGGAGUGGAGAACCCAGUGGUCAAAGUUAUGAUCAAGCAGGUCGCGUACUGAUGUUCCCAGCACCCCAGGAAAAGACUGGUGCUCUUGGAGUAAUCACAGCUGCUUCAGGGCCUGCAAAAGUUCCUGGACAAGCAGUGGCUUCAGCAUCUUUUCCACAAAAGGAAUGCUUGAAUACACCUUUGCCGACAGCAUCUCCCACUGCUGUGGACAUAUCUGCCAGGCAUUCCACUGAAGGACCCCAAGCCUUUUAUUCAAGGGGAUCGUACUCUGAGCAUCAGCAUGUCUGGCAGACACAAGUGGCCGCACAAAGGACACCAGUUCGUUUUCAAGAAGGGAACAGACCUACAUCAAGUCCUACUGUGAGCACUGGUGGCAUAGUACGUUUACCAUUUCCUGGUGAGCAAGUCACCUCUUCUGUCACUGUGGGUGGUGCACCAUACAUCGAGUUACGUCAUCAUGGACAAAAGCUGCCUAUUGGAGUACCAUUUUCACCACCUGGCCCUCAAAACAGACCCCGCUUCUAUUUGCCAGCUGAAGGCGCAAACUCCCCCUUAAUAACAGGGUUGAUGAGAGGAGAUGGUAAUCCUUUGCAAGUACCAGUGAUGAGGAACCCAUUAAUGCAGACUCAGAAAGUUUUGACUUCUACUCCUCCACAUCUUACUCAGACAGGCAGCCUGAUUAGUGGUCCACAGCAUAAUCAAACAAAAGUUGAAACUACAUCAGAUGUUCCACAGCAGCAAACUAAUGUUCCACUUGCUCCAUCCACAGCCCACACUGACAUUUCAAAGGAAGGAUCAGCUACUGGUCUUGGAGGUGAAAGAGGCCAAUGUGAAGAUCCUCCAGAAUUGGAUGUUGAUUUCGAUACACACAAAGACCUGGAAGAUGAUGAUUUGGCAAACUUGAGCCUUGAUGUUGCUAAAGCAGAUGAUGAUUUGGGAAAUCUUGAUAACCUUGAGACAAAUGACCCCCAUUUAGAUGAUCUUUUAAAUGGGGAUGAGUUUGAUCUCCUUGCUUAUACAGACCCUGAAUUGGACACAGGCGACAAAAAGGACAUCUUUAAUGAACACUUGCGUCUGGUUGAAUCUGCAAAUGAGAAAGCCGAAGAGGAGGCAAUGCUUAAACUGGAACCAGAUAUUAUAGAGACAAAAAAAGACCAUCCAGUAAAGUUGCAGAAAGAUCUGCAAGCUAGGGCAGACAUGGAAAUGACCAAAGAUAGACUACCAGGUAAUUUAGGACUUGAUUUGGGUCCCCAUCUUAGUGGUGGCGUGAAUUCUUCUCAAGGUCCGUCCAGUGUGGAAACAAAGCAGUCUCCAUAUGCAGGUGAUUUAAAACCAAAGUUAGAAGACAGUGACUUUAAGGCCAGCACCUGUCAGUUUUCUACCAGCAAUUCCGUAAAUAUUAAAACUGAAACUUCCCAUAGCACUGAUAAAGUUUCACUUGGAGUUGGUUUAUUGAAAACCGGACCGAACCUUCGUGCAGUCAAUGCAAAUUCUUUACAAACUACAAACCAGAGUGCAUCCCUCUUCCCCAGCAAAGAUUCUACGGCAAUGACUAAUCCAAGUAGCCUGAUGUUGGAGAAAUUUGAGCUGGAUGAAAGGACACUAGGUCUUCCAUGCCCUCGACACUCUCCCAGUGAUGAUCUAGAUAAGAUGGAGAGCUCUCUAGUAGCUAGUGAACUUCCACUUCUCAUAGAGGACCUUCUUGAACAUGAGAAAAAAGAGCAACAGAAAAAGCAGCUGCUGUCAGCACAGCAUCCGGAGAGUGCACAGCAGCACCCAAUAAUAACUAAUUCACCAAUAACCAAUCAGUCUGCAUCUGUCAUUCAACAAGAUAGCCAUCAAGCAAACCUUGUAGGACUUGGAAUUGUGUCCAGGCAUCAGGGGUUAGGUUCUGCUCCUCAGCUUUUAUCUCCACAACAGAUACAGCAAAGACUUGUUGGCAUACAAGCAAGCACCACUCUUGAGUCGUCCAUGCACAUUGCAGCUAACCAGAGCCACUUGCUUAGUGGCCAGCAUUUGGUGCAAGCUGGUGGACCUCAGCAGCAAGUUCUCCCUCCGAAACCGAUCUUGGGACAGCAAAUCGUUAUGAAGCAGCAGCAACUGGCAAAUAACUUUUUUCCUGAUACAGAUCUUGAUACAUUUGCAGCAGAGGACAUUAUGGAUCCUAUUGCCAAAGCAAAGAUGGUUGCUUUGAAGGGUAUAAAAAAGGUGAUGGCCCAGGGUAGCAUCGCCGUUACUCCAGGCAUUAACAGGCAACAGGUUUCCCUUCUUGCUCAAAGACUAGGAGUUCCUGGUCCAACGGAGUCCGCCACACAAGUGCCAGCUGGAGCUACACAAGAAAGAAGCACUAUAGACCCAACUCAACCUCGUCCCAACCCUCCUGUAUUUGUGCAGGGAGUGAUCAAUGAAGCUGAUCAGCGUCAGUAUGAAGAUUGGCUCUUUCACACUCAGCAGCUCUUACAGAUGCAACUGAAAGUACUGGAGGAGCAAAUCGGGGUGCACCGCAAGUCCCGCAAAGCUCUGUGUGCUAAGCAGAGAACAGCCAAGAAAGCUGGACGGGAGUUUCCAGAGGCAGAUGCAGAGAAGCUAAAACUAGUUACUGAGCAGCAAAGCAAGAUUCAGAAGCAACUGGACCAGGUUCGUAAGCAGCAGAAGGAACACACAAACCUAAUGACAGAAUAUCGGAACAAGCAACAGCAACAACAGCAAAGCUGUGGUGUCCUUCCUGUCAGUCCAAACCAGAACUCCCGUGUCCUCACAAAGGCUCCAGGUCCAAUUGCCGGUGGACACAGUAUUCAACAAACUUCUUCUAUGCCACACAACCAGCUUGUUGGACAGGCUGGAAAUCUGCGUGGUCUGCAGCCAGGUUUAGCCAUGCAAGCACAGCAGGGUGCCCCGUAUGUGAAGUCAAUACCCCAGCAACAUCAAGCUCAGGGAAAUAAUGCAGCACUUCCUGGAACAUCCAGUGGCUUUUAUUCAACCACACCAGCACUACAGGGUCUCACGGCUGAACAAAGGAUGAUCCAAGAGCAUCAGCUUCAACAGCAGAGAAUGCAGCUGGCACAAAAACAUCAGCAGCAACAGCACCAGAGUUUUCCACUUUCCCCUCAAAACAAUGUGUCUCAAACAGUGUUGACAAAACAGCAUGGUCUUAUGGGAAAUACCCAUGGGUUGGUGGUACAGCAAUCCCCUUCUCAAACUCCACAGACCAUUGUGGGUCACCCUCAGGCAUCUGUUUUACAACAUCACACAACUCAAAGACACAUUUUGAUUGCUCAACAACAGCAGAGAGUUUUGGGUUCAUCGCCAAUUGCUCAACCACAAAAUUUAAUAGGACCUCGCUUAGUUUUGUCACAAAGUCAGCAGAAUUUGAUAGGAAUGUCUCAUUUACAUCAGCAGACUGUAUUAAGUCAAGGGAGCAAUACAGUAUCUCAGCAACCUCUAGCAGGACAAAUCCAUCCUGCAAACCAAAAUCUCCCUGUUAAUCCUCAAAAUAUUCAUACACAGCAGAUAUUUAGUAUCAAGGAUUCAAACAUUACUGAUGGCCCAUUGGUUCAAGAAGGUACAGACACACAAGGGCCGCAACGAGAUCAGCAGGCAAUCUGCAGCCCAGAGAUCCAAGAGUCGACUGAUCAGCAGUCUCAGAAGCAGAUUAGCCAUAAUGUAUUGAACCAGGAAACAGAUUUACCACCUUCAGGAACUGCAGAAGAAGGACAGCAGUUAAAUCAGUCGUCUGAUCAAGAACAGACUCCAUAUGAUUCAGCAAGUCCGUUGCAACAGUCUGUAAGACAGCAACAGCACAGUAUUAUUCUUUCUCCCCAGCAACAAAAUCUUCGAAGUCUUGGCACACUGUUGAGGCCAGAACUUCCAAGCACUCCUCAACAUCCUCUCAGUCAAGAUAACACACAUGUUACUCCUACAACAUCACAGCAACAAAAUGUGAUUCAGAUACAGAGAAUUCCAGUACAGGCACAGGGUAAUGAUCAAGCCAAAGAUAAUUUAGGGCAAAAUUUGCAGCAUCCAUUGGGACAGCAAAGACCAAUUCUAAGUGGUCAACAGGCACCAUAUGCUGCUAAUCUAAUGACCAUGCAGAACUCCCCACUCAUGGCUCAGAUAAGAGCACAGCUCCAGGGGAUAAUUGCAAAGAAUCCACAGUUGCGACACUUGACACCACAACAGCAGCAACAGUUGCAGGCUAUUUUGAUUCAGCGGCACCAACAAGCUCAGAACCAAGCUCUUAGACAAGCCUCACAACAGGAUCCUGCAGUGCAGCCUGCAACUCCCCAUGCUGUCAUUUCUAAUGGACCACCUGGCAGCCAGACACCAUCCAGGGGCAUUUUCCAAGUUCGACCAACAGGAUCUGUUGGGACUGAACAGUUGCAAUCUAACUAUGUUGAGGAAGGCCAUUCUGGAACUAUACAGAAAGUAACUCCAGAACACACUAUGGAAGCUCCGCAAGUUACUGAACAGGAUCAAAGUUCCUUGUUAAAAUCUCCAGGAGUGGGAAGGGGGUAUAGUGUUGGUCAGACACAGGAAACUGCUUCCGGUCAACAUGUACAAACUGCAACAAGUUUGAGACAUAUGACCCAUCAACCUCCGCCUCAGUAUAGAAUGACUCAACCAGUAUCAUCCAGUCACCAGCAGACAUCACAGUAUCAGAUGCAGCAGCAAGUACCACAACAUCAGCUGCAACAAUCACAACAAAGUCAGCAGCUACAAUUGCAACAACCACAACAGGUUCAGAUACAACAAGCCCAGCAAAUACAACAGGGGCAACCUCAACCAACACAAAUGCAGCAACACCCGAUACAAGUGCAGCAAGUUCAGCAUCAACUACAACAGCCCCUUCAAAAUCAACAAGCUCAACAUCAGUUGCAGCAUGUGCAACAGUCCCAACAAUCCAAGCAACAAGUGCAUCAGUUGCAGCAGACACAAUUAGUCCAACAUCAAAUGCAGCAAGUACCGCAACAGCUUCAGCAAGUACGUCAGCAGAUGCAGCAUCUACAGCAAACACAGCAACAAGUACAUCAGAACCAAAUGCCACAACUGCAGCAACCACAGCAACAGGUGCAUCAGGUACAAGCACAGCCAUUGCAGCAGCAGCAAAUGCAAUCUAUUCAGCAAACACCUCAGCAACAACAAUUACAGCAACAGUUGAAACUAGCUCAACAGCAGCAGCUGACUCAACAGCUGCAACAAACGCAGCAACAACUGCAGCAAACACAACAACAGCUACAGCAGUUGCAGCAAACACAACAGCAGUUGCAGCAAACACCUCAGCAGUUUCAGCAAACACAGCAGAAGCUACAGCAGCAGCUUCAGCAGUUGCAGCAAACACAGCAGCAGCAUAUUCAGCAGUUGCAGCAAACACAGCAGCUUCAGUCAGUUCCACAGUUGCAGCAAACUCAACAGCAGAUUCAACAAAUGCAACAAACGCAACAGCUCCAGCAGUUGCCACUGACACAGCUCCAGCAGUUGCAGCAGUCACAGCAGCAGCAGUCACAGCAGCAGCAGCUUCAGCAGUCACAGCAGCAGCAGCUUCAGCAGUCACAGCAGCUUCAGCAGUUGCAGCAGCCGCAGCUUCAACAGUUGCAACAGACACAGCAGCAGCUCCAGCAGUUGCAGCAGUCGCAAUCCCAGCAGCAGCAGUUGCAGCAGUCGCAAUCCCAACAGCAGCAGCUCCAGCAGUUGCAGCAGUCACAAUCCCAACAGCAGCAGCUCCAGCAGUUGCAGCAGUCGCAGUCCCAACAGCAGCAGCUCCAGCAGUUGCAGCAAUCGCAAUCCCAACAGCAGCAGCUUCAGCAGUUGCAGCAGACACAAUCCCAGCAGCAGCAGCUCCAGCAAACGCAGCAGCAACAGCAGCAGUUGCUCCAACAAAUGCAGCAAACGCAGCAACAGCAGCAGCUCCAACAAAUGCAGCAAACGCAGCAACAGCAGCAGCUCCAACAAAUGCAGCAAACGCAGCAACUCCAAAUGCAGCAGCAGCAGCUCCAACAAAUGCAGCAGACACAACAGCAAAUUCCACAGAUGCCACAGCAGCUGCAACUCUUGCAGCAAACACAACAGCAGCAGAUUCAACAGAUGCCACAGCUUCAACUCUUGCAGCAAACACAACAACAACAACAAUUGCAACUCUUGCAACAAGCACAACAGCAGAUGCAACUUCAACAAUUGCAGCAAAAACAGCAGCAGGUGCAAACAGUUCAGCAAACACAGCAGCAACAACAACAGAUGCAACAAUUGUUGCAAACACAGCAACAGUUAUUGCAACAGACACAGCCACAACUGAAAUUAACACAACAAGUUAAGCAACACCAGAUGACGCAUCUGCAACAAAGUGCGUCUCAAGUACAUCAUCAUAUGCAAGUGCCACAAGCAAGAGUGCAACAAUCUCCACAGGUGGAAAAGACAAAGCAACAAAAUGAAAUGCAACAGGACAUGACUCACUCGCCACCACUUCUUCAGCCUCCACUACAACAAAAAGUAGAACAGGAGCAGCAAGAGAUACAGCAUCCACAACAAACAGAGAAAAUGCAACACAUUGACCAAAUACCAGAAUUGCAGGAGACUGAAACAACCCAACAAAUAGAACACAGUCUGAUGCAACAACAGAAAAUUGAACAGCAUCAAAUACAGCAGGCUCAACACCUACAGCUGCAACAGGGACAGCAGCAAUCAUUAUCAUUCCAAGUGUUGCCACAGCAAAUUAGUUCUCAGCAGUCUUUGCAACAAGUUCAACAGACACAACAGCUACUCCAACAACAAACACAAGUGUCACAAUUGCAGCCAGGUUCACAGUCCCAAACAGUGCAGCAACUCCAACAGACACAACAGAUCCAGCAAUCUCAUCAAAUGCAAACAUUUCAGAAUCAAACACCUCAAGUGCAGCAGUUUCCACAUCAAGUCCAACCUGCGAAUAUGCAGCAACACAUUCAGCAAUCUCAGCAGUUGCAAACUUCAAACAAAAACAAAGCUCAGAUGCAGUUUCAACAACUGCAAAAUGUCCAAAUACAUCAACAACUGCUACACCAACAAGCACCCACACAAAACUCACUGAUCCAGCAGAUGGGACAUCCGCAAAACCAAAUGCCGCCGCUUCAAAUGAAGUCGCAAACGAAUCAGAAACAAGCUGUACAAAUGCAGUUACAGCUUCCCCAAACACAACUACCACUACAGACAAUGACACAACAGCAAUCCCACAAGGCAAAAUCUCAACUGCAGCAAAAUCUAGUACAAGUGCAAAAAAUACAGCAACAGAUACAACAGCAAACGCAACUGCAGCAGUCAUCUGAGGUACAGCCACAGCAUAUACAACAGUUAAAACAGAGUCAAAUACAACAACACAAACAGUUACAGCAACUUCAGCCUCAUCAGAUUCAGCAAGUUCAACAAAUCCUACAGUUGAAACAGCAAAUGCUCCAUCAACCACCACAGAAACAACUUCAAUUACAGCAGCAGAUCCAGAUGCAUUUGCAGCAGCUACGCCAGCAGCAUACACAGUUACAUCUAGAAAGUCUGCAGGAACCAAAGAAGGAGCCUCCUGAAGUCACUGCUAUAUGUUCUGGACCUUUGACAACCUUGCAACUAGAUAACAAAUCCACAGAUGAGCAAGUCAAGACCUCACAGUCUAGCAUUGACUCGCUGAUGGCCAAAUCUGUCCAAAGCAGCUUAGUACAGAAAUCAUCAGAAAGCCAAAAUGAAUCGUCAUCCUCCAGUGCAGUACUCUCAACACAGGGUGAAACAGCCAUUCAACAUAAUGAUAUGCCAGUUAUUAAAACAACAGAGCUUUUGGACUCUGAGAGUUCCACCAAGGAAUCCAAAGAAAUUGCAUUUUCCAGUGAAGUUGGUAGCCAGUCUUGCCCUGAUGAAACUGGAGAUCCACAGCUAAAUACAACAUCUCAGGAAGAUCGUAUGGAAGCAGAAGAUAUGACUAGACAAGAGACUGUUAGAAGUCCAGUUAUUCCUCUUGAGAAUGGUGAAAGGACUCAGUUGACCAAGCUUCUUAAAGAGGAGUCUGUAGAAGAAAGUUUGCCUGGUAGUCAGGACAUAAAAUGUGAAGCAAAUGGUGACCCAUUAGCGAUUGGAGCCAAAGGAGAGGCAGGACAUCUUCUCCUGCAAAAACUACUGCGUGCCAAGACUGUACAGCUAGCUUCACAACGGUCUUCAGAUGGCAUUCAUGCAGAUAUAAAUGGUCAUAUAGACAACAAGUUGACUGUUCUGGAGCAGAAACUGCAAACCCCACCUCGUAAUAAAGAUGAAAUUUGUGCAAAAAAAACUGUACCAAAGCCAAAAAGGACACAGAAGACUAAUGAGAAAGUACCAAACUCCCGCAAAAAGAUUCGCAGAGAGGAUAGCCUGAAAUCUCCAGGUGACAUUGUGAAGCAGCUGAAGCAGGAGCUUUCUCUCUUACCACUUGUGGAGCCUUCAAUUACCGCUAACUUCAGCCUGUUUGCUCCAUUCGGGAUCAGUAGUCCAGUUAAUGGGAAAAGCCCGCUUAAAGGAUCAUUUGGCAAUGGUGCCCUGGAGAGCAUUCCAGACUAUUACACACAGCUGCUCAGCAAGAACAACCUCAGUAAUCCCCCUACACCUCCUUCUUCCCUGCCUCCAACGCCACCUCCUUCCGUGCAGCAGAAGAUGGUGAAUGGUGUGACAGCAGCUGAAGAUAUUAGUGAAACAAAGAAAGAAUCUGAGAGCAGCGCAGAAGUUAAAGUUGAGCGCAGCUUAGAUAUUCUGGCUGCUCUACCCACUCCCCCCCACAACCAGAGUGAGGAUGUCAGAAUGGAGAGUGAUGAGGAAAGUGAUUCUCCUGAUAGCAUUGUUCCAGCCUCUUCCCCAGAAAGUAUUCUUGGCGAGGACGCACCACGUUUCCCUACGUUAUGCGACGUCAAAGAGGAAGAAGAGCGAUCCUUAUCUCCAGUCAUACCCCUUAUUCCUCGCUGCGCCAUACCAGUGUUUCCGGAAGUGAAAGCUGCCGAGUCCUUGCCUGUUCUCCCAGAGUGUGCUGAUAAAACUAUUUUGAAUGCUGCAGGAGGUACAAUAUCAUGGGAUAAAACGAAAGGCAGCGAGGUAUCUGUUAUGUUAACAGUGUCGGCUGCAGCUGCAAAGAAUUUGAAUGGUGUAGUUGCAGCUGUCGCUGGUUUAUUGAGCAUCAAGUUACCAAAUUCCUAUGAAGUGCUUUUCCCAGAUAGUGGUCUUAAAAAUAAUGUUGAUGUAAGAAAAUCUGUAGACUCUUCCACAGAAGGCGAUACCAGUGAUAAGGAAAAGACUCUGGCAGGAAAGUUGGAGAACAGCACCGAUUGGCUGAAGCAGCUGGAUGCAGUGCUUCCGGGAUACACAUUAAAGAAUGAGAUGGACAUUCUUACUCUUCUGGCACAAGAAGAGACUGUUGUGGAGAAGGCUAUCAAUCAUUGUUAUGUUAACAAUGUAUCUAACCUGGAUGUUCGACAACUACCGCUGUUGCCUGAAGAAACCUCACCACCUCCUUCUCCGUUUGCUCCUUCACCUGCUAGUCCUAUGGAGCCUCCUGUUGCUGAAUCAGAACCAGAUUCCUCUAUGGUAACAUGCCCUCUGCCUCCCCCACAGUCACCUAUUUUUGAGGAAUCUAUGGAAGCAGCAAUCAAGCAAAGAGUACGUCCCCCAGAGGAAAGUUUAGAAGAACAACGGCCAAAAAUAAAGAAGUGGAAAGGAGUUCGUUGGAAGAGACUACAUAUACUGAUCACUUUCCAGAAAAUUGGUUCACGUCAUUGUGAGAAAGAGGUAUGCGAGGUAAUAGAAAGACUCGGUACUACCCUAAAGCCUGACACCUUGCCUCCAGAUCUCCGAAAGUGUUGUUUCUGUCAUGAGGAAGGUGAUGGAGCUACAGAUGGACCAGCACGGCUUCUAAACUUGGAUCUUGAUCUGUGGGUGCACCUGAACUGCGCAUUGUGGUCUACAGAGGUAUAUGAGACACAAGGUGGUGCACUGAUCAAUGUGGAAGUGGCACUGCAUCGUGGGUUGCUUACAAAGUGUAGCCUGUGUCAGAAAACAGGUGCCACAAAUAGCUGCAAUCGUUUACGCUGUCCAAAUGUCUAUCACUUUGCUUGCGCCAUCCGUGCCAAGUGCAUGUUCUUCAAGGACAAAACCAUGCUUUGUUCAGUGCACAAGUUAAAGGGAUCUUGCGAACAAGAACUGAGUUGCUUUACAGUCUUCCGACGGGUGUACAUAGAGCGAGAUGAAGUCAGUCAGAUUGCAAGCAUUAUUCAACGUGGUGACCGUAUACACAUGUUUAGAGUUGGAGGACUUGUUUUUCAUGCUAUUGGCCAGCUUCUGCCUUAUCAAUUGCAAGACUUCCACAGUGUCACUGCCCUAUACCCUGUGGGCUAUGAGGCAACACGCAUUUACUGGAGCAUGCGACAUAGUCACCGUCGAUGUUCUUAUCGUUGUAGAGUAUGUGACCAGAAUGGUCGGCCAGAAUUCACUGUACAAGUUAUUGAGUAUGGCUAUGAGGAUGUGGUGCUGACAGACUCUUCUCCCCAGGCUCUGUGGAAUCGCAUUGCAGAACCUGUUGCACGAAUGCGGAGAGAAACUGGAAUGCUUCGCCUUUUCCCAGAGUAUCUUAAAGGAGAAGAGAUGUUUGGGCUGACAUUACACGCGGUGCUGCGCAUCGCUGAGUCUCUGCCUGGAGUAGAGAACUGUCAAAACUAUCUAUUUCGGUAUGGCAGACAUCCUUUAAUGGAGCUGCCCCUCAUGAUCAACCCGACAGGCUGUGCCAGGUCGGAGCCUAAGAUCAUGACCCACUAUAAACGGCCUCACACCCUAAACAGCACUAGCAUGUCCAAAGCCUACCAGAGCACCUUUACAGGGGAGACAAAUACACCCUACAGCAAACAAUUUGUGCACUCAAAGUCAUCUCAGUAUCGCAGGCUGAAGACAGAGUGGAAGAAUAACGUUUAUUUGGCUCGUUCUCGAAUCCAAGGAUUAGGGCUUUAUGCUGCCAAAGACUUGGAGAAGCACACCAUGGUGAUAGAGUACAUUGGCACCAUCAUAAGGAACGAAGUUGCAAAUCGUCGUGAGAAGAUCUAUGAAGAGCAGAACCGAGGAAUCUACAUGUUUCGAAUUAAUAAUGAGCAUGUAAUUGAUGCCACUUUGACUGGCGGGCCUGCUAGGUACAUCAAUCAUUCUUGUGCCCCCAACUGUGUUGCUGAGGUAGUCACUUUUGACAAAGAAGACAAAAUUAUCAUCAUCUCUAGUCGUAGGAUACCAAAAGGAGAGGAGCUUACAUAUGACUAUCAGUUUGACUUUGAAGAUGAUCAGCACAAGAUCCCAUGUCACUGUGGAGCAUGGAACUGCCGGAAAUGGAUGAAUUGAAAGUGAGGAACUUAAUGGCCUCCUGUCAUCCUGAAUGUGUACUCUUUAUGUAAAGCCUUGGAGCAAGCGCAGGACACCAAUCUGUGUCUACCAUCACUUUAAUACAUUAGCUGUGGAAGCCUUCCUUGAGGUACUACAGCAAGUAACCCAGCUUUCUGUGUCUUGAUGACGUAAGGAAAGUUGUAGUGAUGUCAGGAGAGCUUUGCAUCCAGUCUGAAAGCCUUUACAUCGGUAAAAGGAAGAAACUGCAAGAGAAAGCUGUUCUGCAGAGAAAAUUCCCGAAACACUGAAUAGCUGGGAAUAUCCUUUGUGUAGCACCCCUUUCUUCCUUCAAGUUACUAAUGCUCUAAAGAGGAUUUUUUUUUAUCUAAAUAAUAAAAAUAAAUAUUUUGCUCUAAUUUCUCAAAUGAGAAAGCAAAAAAAAAAGUGGAAAAAAAAAUCAUUAGUUAACAAAGCAGUUUGACAAUCCUAAAUCUACAGGACCCUCAGAGCGCAAAAGAGAGCACAUAAGACUGCAGAAAAAGCACAGGAGUUGCUUUUGUUGAGCGCAAGAGACAGUCCAUUGACUGUUACCCGUCACAGCUACCCAAUCCCAGAGGCACCUGGCCAGCACCUACCUCAUCUGCCUGUUGGAUACUAAUGUGUAUAUGUGACACUCCCACGGCAAUCUAAAAUAGAUAGCACCUCAUGAACAUGGACACAGCUCACAUGAUGUGACUCGUGUAAUGGAAAUAUACACCACCCAUCGGGUCACAUUUCGGUUGUUUUGGCCCUAUCUGAAGCUUUGUCACCUGCCUCUCAGCCUAGAAAUUUGGCUCUGAGCAGGUAGGAGUGCACUAAGGAUUGUGUUUUCUGCUAACUGCCUGCUUGUGGUUUGUCCUCAGAAAUCCAUUUUCUCCCCUAUUCUGUGCCUGAAACCUCACCCUUCUCUAUACAGUACAUGGAACAUGAAGUGUAGUAGAAACACCUACUUUGUAAUGGGGUAAACUGCUUUAUGGCAGAUGGUGUAUGUAUGUGUGUGACUGUAGAUUUACCUUGGUUUAUAUUAUUUUAUCAUAUGUAUACUUCAUAAUACUCCUAACACAGUAUUUCUAGAAAACCCCUUCAACAAAAUUAUGGGAUGUUAAGUUAGACCGUCUGAUGCAAUGUGCUCUCUUUUUAAAUCUGGUUUUUAGAAAUGUGCUACUUUGUCUAUCCCAAAUACCUUAAACCUUUUCUUCACCUGCAUUAUUCUGAAGCUGCUGUUCUCUCAAUAUGUAAUUCAAAUCUUGAUUUAUUAUUUUUUUUAGCACAGUGCUUUGGGUGGGAAUAGGUGAGGGGGUGUUAUUUAUUUGUACAUGUAAUUAUAUUUAUGUAUUACAGCCUUGUGAGGGAAGUACAGGGUCAUUUUCUAUGACUGGCAUGGUGUCCUACAACCUGGCAUAUGCUACAUGCUUUGUGAUCAAUUUCCAUAUUCUACAGAAUGCAUAAAGUACAGUGUAGUUCUAAGCUAUGUCCCUGAACGCAAUGGUUUUGAAAUAUGUAGGUCACAAUCCUCUGGCUUCCACACUAGAUUUUUCUAAUUGUACAAUAUUGCUUCCUGCUUUUAUGUACUCGAGCAGAGGGUAACCUUUUUCCCCACAUACAACCUAUCAGCCUGUUGGGGGCUGUACCGUUAUUAUCCCCAACAGAUGCAGUGAUUAUGUUUAGAGUGCACAAAGAAACAGAAAUCAUUGGCGACAAGCAGCCAAGGGCAUUUAAAAAUCAAAGCUAGUGUGAAUAUGAGAGAUUAAGUGCUGUUGCUUUUUAACCCAAGCUGCUUCCACAAUUGUUUAAAAGCUGCAAACUUGUACAAAAUAAAAGUAAAGCAAAUUGUAAAUAAACAAGAGAGAAAAAAAACUAAAAAAAAUAAAUGUUGUGCAUAGUCGGGCACCGUAUUAUCUUGAAACCACUGGACACUAUGAAAAGCCUGAAAAUUUGAAAUUAAAUGUACUCUUUACUUCUGUUUUCCUGCUUUAUUUUUUUUUUAACGAUUAAUUUGGAGAGCUUGGAGCUCUUUAAUGGGAGCUGACAGUACAUCCCUGUCAGACUUGUGAUAUUAGAUUAUUAUAGAUAUGACAUACAGUAAUGUAUCUUAAGUAAAACCCUAUACACUUUUUUAUGACCUAUAAUCCAGAUCCAAGCUUGAAAUACUUGAUUUUCUUUCUGCUUGUAUAAACACUUUCAUUUGCCGUGUUUGAUUUUUAUUUGGUCUCCACUUGCAAAUAUUUGUUUUUCAUGAUUUUCCUUUUGUUUUGCCAUUUUUUAUUUUUAUUUUGUACUGACGAGAUUCCAUAGGGAGCUGUAAUUUGUGCGGUGAGGAUUCUGUACAGAAGAUUUGUCCUUCGUAGAAAACAAAAAUUAUUCCUUUUUUAAAAAAAAACGAAAAUAAAAACUUGUACGUGGCAUGUUUUGUAUUGAAUAUAAUUUUGAAAUGUAUAUAAUUUAUGUGAAAGAGGCAAGUAAGAAGAGCUUAAUUGCUUCUUUUGGUUUGUUUUUAAAGGACAAAUAAAAUGCAUUUUAAAUAUU